CUGAGCCCGCCUCGGUCACCGCCUCUUGCUGCCCGCUGCGUGCCCAGGCUCGGAUGGCGGCGGCGGCGCCGAUGGACCCGGCGCAGGGCUGUGUGACCUUUGAGGACGUGACCAUUUACUUCUCCCAGGAGGAGUGGGGGCUCCUUGAUGAGGCUCAGAGACUCCUGUACUGCGACGUAAUGCUGGAGAACUUUGCACUGAUAGCCUCGCUGGGACUGACAUCUUUCAGGUCCCACAUAGUUGCCCAGCUGGAGCUGGGGGCAGAGCCCUGGGUGCCUGACAGAGUGGACAUGACUUCAGCCAUGGCAAGAGGGUUGUAUGGUGGGCAUGGUUCUGAUUUUUGCCGUGGAACGGAGGGUGUGGAAUCACCUUCUGAACAUAGUAUUUCUGUAGAAAGAGUGUCACAGGACAGGAAUCCCAAGGCAGCUCUGUCCACCCAGGAGGACUACCCCUGUGACCUGUGUGGCCUACACUUGAAAGACAUUUUGCACCUGGCUGAGCACCAGGCGACACAUCCCGGGCAUAAACCUUAUGUGUGUGAGGCGUAUGGAAGAGAAUUUGGGUCCAACCCAAACCUUCAUCAGCAACAGAUGCAGGAGAAUGUAGAGAAGCCCAUCAGAAGGGAGGAAGGUGGGGCCUUGCUUUUGAAGAGCUGUAGAGAAGACACAUCAAAGAAACCUUUCACAGUCAGGGAGGGUGGGAAGGACUUUGUGGCCAGAUCCAGCUUUCUCCAGCAUCAGGUCACUCACAGUGUGGAGGGGCCACACCAGAGCACCGACGGUGUAGAGGAUCUUCACACUGUGCAAAGCCGUAACAAGUGCAGUGAAUUUGGGAACACUUUCAGUGACAAACCCACACUUGUGCAGCCUCAGAGAACACACACUGGAGAAAGGCCGUACGAGUGCAGCAGAUGUGGGAUAUUCUUUAGCCAUGCUGCUGGCCUCUUUCAACACCAGAGAGACCACAAUAGAGGAAAGCCUUAUGAGUGCUGUGAAUGUGGGAAAUUCUUCAGCCAACACUCCAGUCUCAUUAAACACCAGAGAGUUCACACGGGUGAGAGCCCUCAUGUGUGCAGCGAAUGUGGGAAGUUCUUCAGCCGAAGCUCCAACCUCAUUCAACAUAAGAGGGUUCACACUGGUGAGAAGCCUUACGAGUGCAGCGAAUGUGGGAAGUUCUUCAGCCGAAGCUCCAACCUCAUUCAACAUAAGAGGGUUCACACUGGUGAGAAGCCUUACGAGUGCAGCGAAUGUGGGAAGUUCUUUAGCCAACGCUCCAACCUCAUUCAUCACAAGAGGGUUCAUACUGGGAAGAGCGCUCACGAGUGCAGUGAAUGUGGGAAAUCCUUCAACUGCAACUCCAGCCUGAUUAAACAUUGGAGAGUGCACACUGGAGAAAGACCUUAUAAGUGCAAUGAAUGUGGGAAAUUCUUCAGCCACAUCGCCAGUCUCAUUCAGCAUCAGAUUGUUCACACUGGUGAACGGCCUUUUGGGUGCAGUGAAUGUGGGAAAGCCUUCAGCCGAAGCUCUGACCUCAUGAAACAUCAGAGAGUCCACACUGGUGAACGGCCUUAUGAGUGCACGGAAUGUGGGAAAUUGUUUAGCCAAAGCUCCAGCCUCAACAGCCAUCGGAGACUUCACACUGGUGAACGGCCUUAUCAGUGCCCUGAAUGUGGGAAAUUUUUUAACCAAAGCUCCAGCCUCAAUAACCAUCGGAGACUUCACACCGGUGAACGGCCUUAUGAGUGCCUCGAAUGUGGGAAAACCUUCAGACAAAGGUCUAAUCUGAGGCAGCACCAGAAAGUUCACAAACCAGAUAGGCCGUAUACAUGCAACGAAUGUGGAAAAGCCUUCAGCCAAAAGCCUACCCUCAUUCGGCAUCAGAAAAUUCACACUAGACAAAGGAGUACAGAGAAUGUGCUCCCCCCUCCUUCAACACAACACACACUAGAGAUAAGCUCUGAGAGUAGUCUUUAUGAGGGAGCCAUAAGCCAGAAGUUGAACCUGGUUUAUCCAAGUGUCCACACUGGGGAGAUUCCCUACCAAUGCUAGAUAUGUUGGGAGCUUUCAGGAGUGAAGUUGCAUUUUCUGACAUGAACUUUUCCAGAGUUUUGUCACUACUAGUGUUUGUAGGAGAAGCC